GGGUCAGUCACAGUGAAGAAAUGCCGGGCUCUGCCCAGGAAAGUGCCUUGGUCCCAGCGAGGCUCCUGGAUGUUGAUGCCUAAGGGUAAUUCACCCAUUUUCUACAGGACAGAGAGGAGGCGCGGAAGAGAGGUGGCCGGCCUGGCCUGCAGAGGGUGCGGUUCUGGGCUCGCCAGGACUGAACCGCUAGCGGAACCCCGCAAGUCCAAAUCCAAGAAGUCCUAAUUCGCCGGAUGGGGUGGGGCUUCGGCAUUCGAAUUGGAAUAGGAAUUGGAGCUUCCCCAACCCUGGUAACUAAGCACCGUCCAGGGCGCAGGAGGAAGGUGUUGGAAAGUGGUGAGUGGCGGUUCUCCUGGCCAACGGGAGCGCUGCACAGCGCGGGCCUGCCCCCACCCUUCGGCCGAGGGUCGCGGUCCAGAGCCGGGGCCACUGCAGUCGCUCGCGCCCGCGAGCGGGCGGGCGGGCGAGGCCGGCGGCGGCCGCGCGUACAAGAAGGUGCGGAGGCCCAGCCCGUGAACUAGGGUAGAGCUGAGGAGUCAGGAGGACUGAUCCAGGAGCGCGGUGCUAUAUCAGCACGGACCCCUGAGCAACAACGGAAGCGGGAAACCGGGCUCCGCUCACUGGGACGGACCCCAGCCCUGCAGAGGAAGCUCAUGGAGCUCAGAGCAUUCGGGGCCCCUCCUGCGGAAGGCUAGCGGGUUCCUCCCCGACCCCAGGGCGCCGCCCCAGCCUAGCCACCAUGGCGCACGGGUUCACAGUGGGCUUCGAGCCCCUAGGCCUCGGAGACCUCAGCUCCAAUUCCCUGAGUUCCCUGUCCUCCCGGGGCCACCUGGGCAGCGACGCGGGCUCCGCAACGCGAUACCUGCUGAGGAAGCAGCAACGGCUGCUGAACGGGCCCCUGCGCGGAAUUCGAGCCUCCUCGCCCAUGGGCCGCGUCAUCCUCAUCAACUCCCCCAUUGAAGCCAACAGUGAUGAGAGUGACAUCAUCCAUGCUGUGCAUGUGGAGAAGAGCCCAGCAGGGAGGCUGGGCUUCAGCGUGCGGGGUGGCUCUGAGCACGGCCUGGGCAUCUUUGUCAGCAAGGUGGAGGAAGGGAGCAGUGCAGAGCGGGCUGGCCUGUGCGUUGGGGACAAGAUCACGGAAGUGAAUGGACUGAGCCUGGAGAGCACCACCAUGGGCAGCGCCGUGAAGGUGCUGACGGGCAGCAGCCGCCUGCACAUGAUGGUGAGACGCAUGGGCCGGGUGCCAGGCAUCAAGUUCUCCAAGGAGAAGACUACGUGGGUGGAUGUGGUGAACCGACGGCUGGUGGUGGAGAAGUGCAGCUCCACGCCAUCCUACAGCAGCUCUGAGGACGGGGCACGGCGCAUUGUGCACCUCUAUACCACCUCUGACGACUUCUGCCUGGGCUUCAACAUCCGAGGCGGCAAGGAGUUUGGCCUGGGCAUCUACGUGUCCAAAGUGGACCAUGGUGGGCUGGCUGAGGAGAAUGGCAUCAAAGUGGGGGACCAGGUCCUGGCAGCCAACGGAGUCCGCUUCGAUGACAUCAGCCACAGCCAGGCCGUGGAGGUGCUGAAGGGCCAAACCCACAUCAUGUUGACCAUUAAGGAGACUGGCCGGUAUCCUGCCUACAAGGAGAUGGUCUCUGAAUACUGCUGGCUGGACCGUUUGAGCAACGGUGUGCUGCAGCAGCUGUCUCCCGCCUCCGAAAGCAGCUCCAGCGUGUCCUCAUAUGCCUCCAGCGCCCCCUACAGCUCGGCCGAGGGCUCGCUGCCCUCCGACCGCAUGGAUGUCUGCCUGGGGGCGGAGGAGCCAGGUGGCCGGGGCCCGGGCUGGGGGAGAGCGGACACCGCCAUGCAGACCGAGCCAGACCCAGGGGGGCGCAUGGAGACCUGGUGCAGCGUGCGGCCCACUGUCAUCCUCAGGGACACGGCCAUCCGCUCUGAUGGCCCCGCGCCCGCCCGCCGCCUGGACUCUGCACUCUCAGAGUCCCCCAAGACGGCGCUGCUACUGGCCCUCAGCCGACCCCGGCCUCCCAUCACACGCUCCCAGAGCCACCUGACCUUGUGGGAGGAGAAGAAGCAGCGGAAGAAGGAGAAGUCGGGGUCCUCUGGGGAGAAGGGGGCCCUGCAGCGCUCCAAGACGUUGAUGAAUCUCUUCUUCAAGGGAGGGCGACAGGGGAGGCUGGCUGGGGAUGGUCUCAGAGAGGCCUGGACACUGGACAGCAGGAGCCCCACCAAGCCCCGUCCUCGCCUGGACAUGGAGAAAGCAGGGGGCGUUGGACCAGUGCAGAAGUUCGUCACCUGGAGACUGAAACGUGACCGUGAGCGGGGCCAGGUGCUGCUCUCUGCCAGGUCUGGAAGCCCCUCCAGCCAGCUGCCCAACCUAGAUGAGCAAGUGCAGGCCUGGGAGAGCCGGCGGCCCCUCAUUCAAGACCUGGCCCGGAGGCUGCUGACUGAUGAUGAGGUGCUGGCUGUCACCCGCCACUGUUCUCGGUAUGUGCAUGAGGGCGGCGUGGAGGACCUGGUGCGCCCCCUGCUGGCCAUUCUGGACAGGCCCACCAAGCUGCUGCUGCUAAGGGACAUCAGGAGUGUGGUGGCUCCCACGGACCUGGGCCGCUUUGACAGCAUGGUGAUGCCUGUGGAGCUGGAGGCUUUUGAAGCCCUCAAGAGUAGAGCAGUACGGCCUCCUGCACUGCGGCCCACACGGCAUGACACUCCACCCAGGCGUCACCUCAUCACCCCUGUGCCUGACAGCCGUGGAGGCUUCUACCUGCUGCCUGUGAAUGGCUUCUCGGAGGAAGAAGGUGAUGGGGAGCUGAGAGAGAGGCUGGAGGACCUCCAGGUCUCCCCAGGUGCCUCUGCCCCCUGCCACCCUCAGAAAGGGAUCCCCCGUCUCCAAGAUGUGCCAGUAGAUGCCUUCACCUCACGCCUGCACACCUGCACGCCACCUCCCCAGCCUCCCCCUGUGGCUCCCCGGCCCCCCAGGCCUAACUGGCUGCUGACAGAAGCCCCGAGCCCGGGGGAGACUCUGCAGAGCCGGAGCCAGGGUCCGGCCCAGAGUCGCAGUCGUAGCCGCAGCUGCAGCCGCAGCUGCAGCUGCAGCCGCAGCCGCAGCCACAGCCACAGCCGGGGCAGAGGCAAGUCCCCCGGGCACCGACGGUCACCAUCCCCAGGUCCCAUCCAUGCCCCCAGCACAGCCAAUGGGCGCUACCACAAGCCUCGGAAGGCCAGGCCCCCUCUGCCGAGACCUCUGGAUGGACAGGCAGCGCAGGCCGGGGGCAGGCCUGGGCCCUGUGAGAAUGGAAUUGGCAGGACCACUGAGGGGGAGGCUGCUGCGGCUCCAAGCGGAGAGCUGAGGACAGUCACUCUGUCCAAGAUGAAGCAGUCCUUGGGCAUCAGCAUUUCUGGGGGCAUUGAGUCCAAGGUGCAGCCCAUGGUGAAGAUAGAGAAGAUCUUCCCUGGGGGGGCUGCCUUCCUCAGUGGGGCCCUGCAGGCUGGCUUUGAACUUGUGGCUGUGGAUGGCGAGAGCCUGGAACAGGUGACCCACCAGCGAGCAGUAGACACCAUUCGCCGGGCUUAUCGGAACAAGGCUCGGGAACCCAUGGAGCUUGUGGUCAGGGUGCCGGGGGCCGCCCUCACUGACCAGCACCUUCCCACUGACCACUUGCCAGCCCGCUGACUCCUUGACUUCUGGCGUCAUUUCAGCUCCUCCCACCAGCUCCCUAUACCUCCCACACAUGCCUGACCAUCCAACUGACACCCAGCUGGGUUCCUCCAGCCCCCACCCUCCCACCCUCCAGACUCCUAGCUCUCCCUGCUGAUUCCAUGCCUUCCACUUCCUGUUUACCUCAUUUUUCUCUAAAGCUGCACUGGCUGCUCAAACAUCCUCCUCCCCUCUCCCCAGCUGUCACUGAGGCUCUGCUUUUCCAGAUAAACUUGGGAGUUCAAGGACAAGGCAUUACUGUCUGGAGCACCCCUGCAUACUUUUCACAAGAAAAUUCCCUUGGAUCACCCCAAGUGCUGAGGUACAAGGACUGUCAGGGCCCCAAGUGGGGCCAGUACAUUCACCCCUCAGCCCCAGGGCAGUGCUCUCUGCACUGGAAUAGGUUAGAUUUCCUAGUUUCUCCAACUUGAGUUGCCGUUUCCACUGUGGUCCACUAGGACCUCAGACUCUCUCCUGGAUUUGUCCUUGUCCUGUCACCCUUCCACUCCCAAGACCUCUAUGAGGAGUAGGGGACUAGCAGCAAGGGAAAAGGGAAAAGGGGUGGGCAGUUGGGGGUGGGGUCAGACAAGUCUGCAUUGUCUUUAUCCACCACACUCAUUUUUUAAGAACAAAAAAAAUUUUAUUUUUUUUCUUUGGGUUUGUACAAGAAAUUUACAGUGUGAAAAAUAUACAAGUGAAAACGCGGCCAUAAAACUGGGUGUGGGGAGAGGGGUCACUUGGUCACAAAUACAAAUAAACAAGUCACUUCUGAGUUUU